UCCUCAAAUAUAAUCGAACGAGUCCCCAGCUGCCUGGGUUGUCUCUCGCUCUCAAUCAGUCAGUCUAGUCCCGGAACGCAGCUCGAUAACAACCUAUUGUGUAGCUCAAUAGGGUCUAACUUGACUUGAGGAUCUGCUGUUCCGAAGUCUGCCUCGUCGGGACUAUUCUGACAUAGAGUAAAAUCAAACUGAAACUGUAAUACUGGAAAUAUAUAGUUUAUUUUCGUCUUUUGAAAGAAAAGUAACGAAAUAAAAUUUAUGGUUAUGUAAACUAGAAGAACUGAUGUAAAGAAAAAGGAAAAACAGUGCUCUGUACCCGCGACUUGGAACAUUUGUAUUAAUUAUUGUGUAGAGUGAACUACUAGCAACAAACAUGCAGUGCCAGCAGGUAUCAGCUGACCAGCUCCUACUCGGCGUGAUGGCACCCGAUGCCACUGAGACCACGGAACCAGGCCCGAAAUGCGAGUCCGAGAAGAAAUUAGUGGAAUUAAAGCUGAGACAUGGAUGGCCAUUUCCUGAUAUGACGGAUCCCCCGUUAUGCUUCCGAAUGAAAAGCAGUUUCAUAAUUCCUAUGGUCGGGACAUUUAGCAAAGUUCUUUUGAAAUGGUGUAAUAAAGUGAAUGGCCACAACAUCCAAACGCUUCGAAAUUUGGUAGCAAAUCGGCCAGCAGGCACGCCACUUGUCACAGUCUCAAACCAUUAUUCCUGCCUAGAUGAUCCUGCGCUCUGGGGUUUGUUAAGAUGGCGUGACUUGUGGAAUGCACGGAGAAUGAGGUGGUCGCCAGCAGCACAUGACAUAGCCUUUACACGCAAAAUAUACAGCUGGUUCUUCAGUGCUGGGAAAUGUGUGCCAAUUAUUCGAGGCCUGGGAGUGUACCAGGAGGCAAUGGAUUUCCUGAUUGAACGCCUGAAGGAGGGCCAGUGGGUGCACAUAUUCCCUGAGGGCAAGGUGAACAUGAGCCUGGAGAGGAUGCGACUCAAAUGGGGUGUGGGCCGCCUGGUGUACGAGUCACCAGUGUGUCCAAUUGUCCUGCCCUUCUACCAUAUCGGCAUGGACGACAUCCUGCCCAACCGCAAGCCGUACAUCCCCAGGGUUGGGAAGCUGGUGACGGUUGUGGUGGGCGAACCCAUGGACUUCAAAGACCUGGUGUCGGAGAUGAAGGCAAAGAAGGAGGACCCGACUACUGCGCGGAAGGUGAUUACUGACAGGAUCCAGGAGGAGCUGGGAAAGCUGCGAGACCAGGCAGAGGAGCUCCACGAGAAGGUGAAGAGGGAGAGAAACUUAUAACGCAUGUCCAAAGGCAUAAAUGAAGCAAUUGUCCUAAUCCUUCCACUCGAUAUUUUGUACAUUUUUUUUCCUCAGUGGAGAAUAUCAAAUUGUAAAACUGAUGAAGAAUUCAUUUUGAAUUUUUGUCAUUUUUUGAUAUUGGCCUUAUUAAAAUUUCUAAGAUAAAGUCAAUGGAUAUACAUAUAUAAGUAUUGAUAGUGUUAGCUUUUUUCCACAAAUUUUUUAAAUGUUUGGAGAUAACCUGAAGAACUUGUGAAUUGAUUUUUCUGGAUAUUUAUUAUGUAUAUAGUACUUUUAUUUUGAUCAGGAUGUUUGCAAAUAUUUUAAAAUCAUACAGUUACAGGCUUGGAAAAUCUAGUUGUUUUAUGCCACAUGAACUGACCUGCAUGUACCAAUUGGCUGAAUAAUGUAUAUUUUAAAACCUGAAUUUCCCUUUUGGUAUUUUUUUGCAAUGGUACAUAAAGAUGAAGUGUUCAAGACAGGCAUGAGGUCUGGCAUGUUGGUCAGUUUGCACAACUACCUUUUUUUAUGUUUGUAAGUUAUAUUUCUUUAUGUUUAUUGGGUGUGAAGCAGAUUACUGAAUUCAAUCUGACCAAAUGAAGUGUUUUUGCUCUUGUUUCCCAUUUUCAAAAGAUAUAGUUCUUUUGUUGGCAUUGUUGAUGGUGAUAAAGAUGAAUUAUUUUUUCUCUUUAUUUUUUUCUUUUUCUUUUUUUUUUGUCUCCUUUUUUUCUUUUUCAGAGAUACUGUUGCAAAAAAGUGUUCAUGUUAAAUGCAAGUGCUUGCAUUUGAGAACAGAUAUUUGUCCUAAUAGAUGUGUGUUCACUAUAAAAAAGCUUCCAUAGAAUUGGGUUCUCUGAGAUAUCAGUGCAUUGUGUUGAGGAGAAGCAGACAAGAUGGCUUUUUUGUAUUUUCAUUAUUUAUAUUUUAUCAAGUGUAUUUCACAAAUAUCUCUAAUUAUACACCCUUUCUCCCCCUCUGCUCAUAGGAGACAUUAGAUUUAUUAUAUAUUGUGGCUUCACACUCUUGCAGAUACUAAGAAUAUUUGAAUGUACGCAAAAAUAAAUAAAAGGAAAAUAUGGCAUAAGGCUAUCUCUAUUAAGUGAAUUGAAGAAAAAGAUAGCCGUAUCAUGACAAAGCAAAUAUUGUCAAGUAUUGAUGUAAAUAAAUAUUGCCACGGAAAAAUCAUGUAUUUGUUGUUACCUAAGGGUAGGGCUGCCUGGGUGCUUACCUGCACAGCUCCUACCUUCUGGUUUAGCAACUUUCUGAUAGCUGCUCUUAAUGCUUUAUUUUCUAUUUAACUAUUUUUCUAUCACUGCUUCUUAGUUGUCUUCUUUCCCAUUGGUUCAUUUCAAAGGCUUUUCCUAAGCAGAAACUUUAGUUCAGAGACUGUUACAAGGCAUUCUUUUUUUCUUCCAGAUAAAUUUACUUGUUUAACAGUUACAUUUCUCCAUUUAAAAUGUUUAAGAGACAAGUGUUAACAAUAGUAAUUCUAAAAGCCUUUGUUUAGCAGAGUACUAUAGAGUACUGCAGGACAUUAAAGAAAUGUGGAGAUUCUGCACUGGAAUUUUUUUGCUCUGUGAAUGUGCCACCCCAGAAAUAACCAUUGGAUCAUAUGCUUUGUACCUCAGAUUCUGAAGAUAUCACAUUUUGGUGCAGAGUUCAGAAAUGUGAUUAUUUGUACUUUUUUACCUUUUGAUAUCAGAUUGCCAAUAAAUAAAAAAUAUACAUAUAUACAUAAUUAACUGGACCAAUUAGGAAAUCAUAAUGAAAUGGUUAACUAUGUAUAAAUGAAGAGAAGUAGGGAUGAAAGUUAUGCCAAAUGUUGAUAAGAGAAAUCAGACUCGCAUUGUUUGUCUAAAUAAGGAGCAAAUCUAAACAUGUUUCAAACUCAAUCCCAGAUGAAGUAACAUUAGAUAUAUCAUAAUCUAUUUUCAAAUCAAGUAAUGUAGAAAAUAUUACCUCCGGCAAAGCAAUGAGAAAUAACAAAUAGCAGUUAAUGUAGUUGUUCAUAUAGCUAGGCAUGCCAUCAUAACCAACGUAACAAUGUUCUUGAUUACAUACGAUCUAAACCUCUUCCAGAGUAAUGGGUUAUCCCUGUGUUGACUAGCAAUAUAUGUGUUUAGGGUAGAAGUCAAUGUCAACUGAACGAAUACCCUUUGAAACCCUGCAGCUAUUGUUAUGGUGUGGCUCUAUAUUUGUUACUGGCUUUUUAGUUCUUUAGUUUGAGUCUAGCUUACCUCAUACUGGUAAAGUACAUCUCUGAUAGCGUAUGGAUGGUAGUUACAAUAUUAGAUAAAAUGACAUAAUUCCUAUUAUUGUAAAAAUAGUACCUUUAAGAGGAGUUGGAUUUAUUAUAGUCAACAUUAUAAUGGCAUAUCAUAGUGCAGUUGUUAGAUGAAUUGUAAAGGCAAUAGAUAUUUACUUUACUGGUGAUGUCAGAUCUGUACUAACAAUUUAUGCCACUGUUUUAUUUAUAUAUGAAAUGUUAUACUUAUGAGUUGUUACUAAUUUUACCAUAUUUUAGAACAAGUAAUAUAGAUUUAUGGUAUGGAGAUUGACAGAAGUAUUAGAAAUGUUAGUAUGUUAAUGGAAUGUUCAAGAAUUUGUUAAACAGUGACCGGUCUUUGAUUGCUGUAUGAUUCAAAAUCACAAGCCUCUGUUUCUUUAUGGUAUCUUAUUAUCACUUAUUCAUUUUGAAAUAUGUUUUUGGUUGAGGAAGCAUUUUCUGAGCAAGAGCUUUUUUUUCAUUACAAUAAAACAGAAGUUUGUGGUGUGAAGUGUCUUGCACAUGCCCAUGCCACUUAUUAUAACUGUAUUUUGUGUUAUGACGUAUGAUAAAGGAUCAUACUAGAGUGAUAUCUUUUGCACAAUAGAUAUUUAAUAUGCAACUGAAUGCAAAAAUGUUAUAGUACAAACUUGGUGAGAUCAUGAUGAUGAUGAUGACUGGUCUAUCACUAGAAGGUACAUGUGUUAAACAAAAUUCCUUGGAAAGUUUGUUACUCUUGUCUGUUUAGUUAGUAAAGAUUUGAGACUACCUCUUAAUUUUGUAUCAAGUUUCCUCUUCUUGGUGCUUUUCAAAGAUGUCAGUGUCUGGUUAUCUCUGAAGAAAAAUGGAAAUGCCAUGAAUAUGUAUUCUUUCUUCUUUUAUGCAUAAAUCCAAAGUUUUUGUUUGUAAAAGUGCAGUAUGUAUUUCAUUUUCACUCUUUAAAGGUAUAUUUCAGAAUUUAUAUGCAAUAUAUCUGAAAAGUUUUGCAUAGUGUUGGUAUUGUUUUAGGUAUCAUAAACAGGUAUUUCAUUGAGUGAAAAAAUGUAUAUAUAUUUUUUUAGUUUUAUUAAUUGAGAUAAACUAUUUUCAAAUAGCAUUUUCAUUUUUCUCUCAUAGCAAUAAAAGACACUUGAUAUGCUUAAGCAUGAGCAAGAGAAGUUUGACCAUUGCCCCCUAAGGAAAGUACAGUAAUCCUCAAUUUAAUGAACUAGGAAGGAAAAGGGACGUCUGUCAAUGCUGGAAAUCUGUUAGAUUGAAUUAAACCUGGGGGACCAUUAUAUAUCUUUUUAAUGUUGAAAAAGACAAUUAACAGUUGUGUUCAGUAUCAGGUAGUAGAGAUGAUGGGAAAUCCACAGCUUUAGAUUCUGAAAUGAAUGGAAGCACCAAUGUCUGAUUGCAUGUAGACAAUUGCAACGUACAAGCAGUUAGAGCAGAAAGAGGAGUGAGAGUUGCUAAAAGUUUUCUUUAAGACUGUACCUUGUGCUAAUUAUCCAUAAGCUUAACAGCUAGCCUGAAUUAUUUCCCACGCUGAUGAUGUUUCCUAAGCUUGAGUACACCCCGAACUGCCAAAAAUAUUAGUUGGGGACAAUUUUAGGAGUCAGAAUAUAUCUAUUAAAUCCAAAAUCUGUUCUUUGGUUCUGUGGUCUGUUAAAUUGAGCCUUUACUGUUUAUCGAACAUCUUUACGUGGCUAAGCAAGAUAGAGACAGAGUGUUCAAAAUUAGGAUUAAUGCUAAGUUUUAAAAUAUUUAUAAAUGAUUCUUUGUAAAUGUAUUUUUAAGUUCAUACUUAUUUACAUUCUAUUAUUUUAUGCCUGUGUGUAUUCAUAAACAAAAUAUACAUUGAAUAAUUA